AUGCCGGCUGCUAAUCUGGUGGAACAAAAACCAAAAAAGGAAGAGGACAAUUAUCCAAGGUAACAAAAUAUAACAGAGCCUUACGAUAUGGUGUGGCGGAUUUGUGCAAGUAUCAGAUGAGCCUUCGCAAAAAAUGAUUUCUUAUUAAGUUAAUAAGCUUACUGCGUGCUAUUUUAAAUCACUUUACAGAAUCACAAAGAAGCUUCUAUUUCAACUCUGCAAAGAACAUAAGUUGUAUAGGACACCAUACCUCAAUGAUGUUCUUUAUCUUCACUAUAAAGGUAGGUAAUGUGGUUGCAUGUAAAUAUUAAGUAUUGGAGCUUAAGUUUAUGAAAAAAUGAAAUGAGAACUGCUGGGUUAUUGCCAAAUUAUAAAGGUUUAUAUGGUAAAGUGAACGACUUUCAAAUCGUGCAUGUGGCAGUUAUUGCUGGAUUACAGUAACUAUUUAAUAAUCAUUGCCUUUAACUCAUUUUUGACUGACAGGCUUUGCUAAGAUAGAAAACCUAGAGGAAUACAGUGGACUGAAGUGUCUGUGGUUGGAAUGCAAUGGAAUUAGCAGAAUUGAAAAUCUCGAAAACCAGAAAGAGUUACGAUGCCUGUGAGUAUUUAGAGUAUUAUGAGUAUUGUACAAGAGGGUUCCUUGAUGAGGAGGCUGCAUAUUAAAUUCCAACUACAUAACACAUUAUGCCUUUGCAAGGAGGAAAUAAAAAAUAUUUACUUUAGUCUUGUUUUACUGGACUUAUCAGGAUCAAAUGGCCACAUCUGCGGUUGUGAGGGGUGGUUGGUAUGGGGUGUAACAGAACACUUUUUGGACAGAUACAAAUUUUUAAAUAAGAAACAAAACAAGGUAAGUAAGGUGAAGCUUAAGAAAACAGCCAACAUGCUGUUAUUUCAAUGCUAACACAGGAAUGAAUGCAGAAAUUCCAUACUCAUGAUGUGCCACUAUCCAGAUUUGGGUAGUGCUUCUCUGAUCAGAUGAAGCAAACUUUCAAUCAAUCAGAAGCACUACCAGAUCUGGUUAGUGGAAUGUCGUCAAUAUGGACUUUCUCUGUUCAUUCCUCAGAAGUCAUUUUGCAAGGAAACCAGUAAUGGAGUUGCAAAAUGUCAACUGCAUUUUCAGGCUAAGUACGUUUUCAAGAUGCAGUCAGCACAUUAUUUCCCCAGCUUGAUCGCACUCAGUUUAGCAGCCAUUGACAUGUAGUGAGGAGGCCAUUGUUGAGCUUAAAACAAGACUGAAUGUAUGGAAUGUUAACCACAGCAAAACAAAGAGGCCAUUGUAUGAGUACAAUGUAUUAAGGCAGCUUUUGGUAGAGUUUGAGGGUAUCAGACUUGUUGAUCUUAUCUAAUUAAAGAUGUGUUUAAUACUAUUGUUUGAAUUUAGGUAUCUUCAACAGAACCUACUAACAAAGCUUGAAAAUGUAGAGCAUUUGGAAUACUUGGACACACUGAAUGUGAGCAACAAUACAAUUUCCAAGAUUGAAAAUAUCAGUAAGUGUUAAACUACAUUGUUUAAUAAAAUGUUGGAUAUGGGCAUACUGUAUAUUAACAAUGCAUAUCAAUCUAUUCAAUUAACCAGUGCAUCUGGGUUGUAGAGGGAAUUUUUAAAAAGGAAUCUUUAGGAAAUAAAAUGAGCUUGCCAGCAGAAAAUAAAUAGCAAUAACUGUUCUAGGCAUUCUGCAGAUAAUAUGAGGACCUGCCAGUCCCCAGGGGUGGGUACUCCCAGAAAAAUUUGAUUGGGUGUGUGCGGCAUGCAGAAACCCUUUAAAACCCUAUUUCAGACCAAAAUCUGUGAUUUUCCCUACCUUAUUUCAGACCUGAUAAAAAAUUUGAUAGAUUACCCUAUUCCAGACCUGACCCUUAAAUCAAUACCCUAUUUCAGACCUGCCUUAUAUAAUCAGUUCCCUAGGUCAGACCAGUGUUAAAGGCAAUGUUUGUACACUUUUAUUAAGUAGGAAACAAAACUGUACAAAGUUUCGAGCUUCAAGUUCCACACUAUAAAGCAAGUUGCAUGAUGCGUCAUCAUAAAUACAGAAUACUGGCCUACCUAAGGACUAGAUAUCACAUACUAUACCCUAUUUCAGACCAAAAUAGUCAAACUUGAUACCCUAUUCCACACCAAAAUGGCUAAAAAGAACAUACCCUUUAGCCUUUAUAAGGGAGUAUCCCCCCGCACCUUCCCUGGGCUACCAGCACACAGUUAAAAAUGUGCAAAUAAAUUAUUAAUGUUUAAUUUACUCUUUGAUUUUAAGAAACUUUAUAUAAUAUGUUAUAGCUAACAAGUAAGGUGCUUAUCCAUAUUAAACAGGUGGUAUUCCUAAACUAAGCACGCUUCAAAUAUCACACAAUCGGUUAUCAACUGCUGAUGACUUAAGGCAUUUAACAGAAUGUCACAAUCUCAGGUACGAGUUAAAAUGUAUUCGAAAAACUGCUACCUAUGACACACUUGAGCAAGCUGGUUUAACUAAUAACUAGGGACAAAGGCCACUGAAUUGAAGGCAGCAGGUGCACGCAGCCAAAACUGAUAGCAAUAUUGACUGAGCAAAUAACUGAAAUAAAUUUUACUAACAAAAAAACAACCAAAUACAAUUUUAGUGUACAGUGGUUUUCUGUUGAAUACUCACAUCCGAGACUUGCAUCCAGGAUGUAUUAAUUAAAAACAAGAGAGCAUGUGAAGAUCAGUGUACUUGUUGCUACUGAGUGUUAGGAUGGCCAUGAUUGAAGUUAAUUAAUUUCACAACCCUCUUUGUUGGUUUUCUAUACAAUGAUGAAAAGAGAGUUUGAAAUGCACCACCCUCACAUCCAAUGACAUCACAGGUUACCUGACGACCAACCCAAUAAUAUCACAAUUUAUGUUAAACAGAAUGUCAAGAUCACAGGUUUUCAUAAUGUAUUCAAGAAAUUAUAAUAUUAUACUAUUGGGAAAAAAAGCCAAUGACAUUACAGGUUAAAUGACAGACGACCAAUAACGUCAUGACUUAAUUGACUAGUCACGCCAAUAACCAGAGUUUAUUACCAUCAACUGAGGAAAUAAACUCAUUUUGAUUUUUAAAGAUAAUAGCGUGGCACGGGUUGUAUAAACGUUAGUCACUGCAUAACAUCACACCAUUCUAAGACAGACAGCCAAAUAAGAGUGCAAUAGAUGUAAAUUCUUUUUUACAGGACACAUCUAUCUUUGCCACACACAUGCAUUUGUGAUAAAUUAUUAUUGUUCCAAUUUCCACAGUGUAUUAGAUGUAUCGCACAACAGAAUUGAUGAUCCUGAAGUUCUGGAAGUUCUUGCAUCUAUGAAAAAUCUUGUAAGUCCUAUGUAGGCUCUUCAGUUUUGUCCAUACAUUUAUGUAAUCUAUAUGUUACAUAGUUAAUUUUUAUCUCAGGUAAUUUUUCUUUUUCUUUUAUUUCAACUUCAUUAGCAUACAUUACCAUACCCAAAAACAAAAGAAAAACAAAAAUUACCUGAGAUAAAAAAUUAGCCACAACAUGUGUGUUGUGGCUCAAUUUCAUUCUUGGUUUAAAUUUUAUUUCAUUUUGUUUUAAUGUAUGAUAAUGAGUUUAAAACAAAGGCAAAUAAAAUUUAAAACAAGGAUAAAAUUGAACCACAACAUAUAUAUACCUACAUUGCUUGAAUUUUGUGGGUACAUUUAUGUUGUGUUUAUUUAUAAACACAGUGAUCACACUUUUCAGAUCCCUCAUUAAAUGAAAAAUAGGAUCUGUAUCGGAGGUUUCUGAGCAAGCACUGUAAUUUUGUGGGAUCCAUUUAGCUUUCUGGGAAACUGCCCUCCUAACCCUCCCCUAACCCAACAUUUUCCCCAAGUGAGACCUACAAGUUAAGAUUGAGUUACGGGAGGGGUAGGUUGGCAGUUUUCCAGAAACCUAAAUAAUUUGAUCCAUUUUGUGCCUAAGGUCUACUUUCUUGACUUGCUCAUUAACCACUCUGUUAAACGUUGCUGCAGUUACAUGUUGUGUAAGCACUCAUAUAUCUACUUUAAUUGAAUGAGGUUAAAGACAGUACCACUUUAAAUCAAAUGAUCAGCAAAAUUUGACUUUUAAUUGUUUCUUUUCCCAAAUGACCAGCAUGUUCUCAAUAUGAUGGGUAAUCCAGUUAUAAAGAAGGUCAAGAACUACAGGAAAAUGUUCAUCAUUAAAAUAGUGAGUAAUCAGUGGUUUUCCUGGUUUUUUUUCCACAAAGUACUGUGGUCAGUCAAAUGAACCAAUGAAAGUUCCUUACUCUUUCUUUCUUAAUUUUAUUUUUUCUUUGUUUUGUUUUUUUGCCCACGUUUCCAUUCGUUUCCGCGCUGUCGCACUCUCAUUUUAACGAAUUAUGUUCACUAUAUAUUUUUGUUGUUGUUGUCCUCUGUAGAAAGAGCUCCGAUACCUAGAUGACAGACCAGUUUUUCCAAGGGAAAGGGCCUGUGCAGAAGCUUGGUGAGAAUUAACGAUCAACAAUUCUAACAGUUUUAUCAUUUGACGAUAUUCACGUGUUCAAAUACUCAAAAACUUGACUCUGUUAGUUGCUGUGUGUGUUUUAUAUAUAUAUAUAUAUAUAUAUAUAUUUCCUUUUUUUUUUUUUUUUUAUUCUUUCGCUUUUUCAUGAGUGUGUGUUCGAUCUUGACGUGUAUUUGUAUUUUUGUAAAUAUUCAAAUUUAACCAGCAUAAGCUCUCUAGGUGAGCCCUUUAGGCUCUUAGAGCAAAUGUUGCAAUAAAUAUGUUUAUCAAAAAAAAAAAAAAAAAAAACACGUCCUCCAUCACAUUAGUUAUCCGAUUUUUCCCAGGACUCAUCAGAGAGUGCACUGGAUUUUUGUUUUUGCAAAUAAGUCAUUUUUGAAAUCGCUUUUUCACGUUUUUUGCGUGUUUUUAUUUUUUCUUUUGUUCCCAGUUUUCGUGUGUUGGUCCAUUGUGGAAAAAGUUUAAAAUUCUGCAAAGUUUUAUGCCUCAGGGAACCCAAAGUACUUUUUUUUUCCAAAAAACUUGUCUCUUUUGAUCGUUAAAGCCAUUUUUUUCCUUUUGCGUUUUCCCCUUCAUAUUAAGAUAAGUAGUUGUAUGUGUAAACGGAAAUUUCUGGACAGUUUCUCUGCAUACUUGAGACUUGACUUUGGAAAAUGAAAGUCCGCGUUGAUUGCUAAGUGUAGCUCACGAUUACAUGUUUGAGCAAGACUUGACCUGUAAGAUUCCGUUAUUAUUAAUUAACAACACUUUCACGUUUUGUGUUGAGCGAUACCAUUAUCAGUCAUAUUGUGUGCAAUGUACUGAUAUUGUUUCACAAAGCGUUAAUUUUAUUAACGUUGUGUAAAUUAAAGGGAAAAGGGAGGAGUGGAAGCUGAACGAGCAGAAAGGGAACGAUGGAUCACAAGAGAACAACAAAAGAUAAUGGACAGUGUUAAUGGUACGGCUUCAUGUCUUUAUGAUAGUUUGAACCCCACUCUCUAACAAUGUCCGGUGACUCUUUUACUGGCUAUGAUACAUGUUUAUACCCUCUAGAAUACAACAGAAGUCAGUACCAGACAGACAACCAGCACUCGGGAUCUAGAAUCAUGAAUACUGGAUGUCAAAAACUCAGAUUUUUAGCUGAAUAUGCAGGGGUUUUGAGCUUGUUACAACUGUACAUAGGAUAGGCCACGGCCAAACGUGAAUAACGUAAAGAAAUUUCUUUGCUAACUUUUAUAAUCUCCGCCAUUUUCUUAGCCUCUGACGCGCAGACGUACUUACGGCUUCCUCACGCGUUUCGUCCUCACGAACGUGGGAAAGAAGGCGUUACUAAGCCCUUAGAACGCCUGCGUGGGAGGCUUAAUACCAUUUUAUUUAUCAGUCAGGGGUAAAGCUUAAUUGUGACUUGGUCACGUGCAUUUUCCCGCGCUCGACGUCACCUACAUGUAUUUGCAUUGAGAACUGAUUGAUUCAUUUAAAUAUCACUUUGAAUUCUGAUUGGCCAGAAAAAUACUUUGAUUUUACGACACUCAGUUGAAAAGAGUAAGUUCACCUCUUGUACUGCCAUCGCAGAAGUAAGUGGGAUAUAGCUUGAGGCUAGGCUCUCUUUUCGUCUCCCCGUGUGAACUAAAUCUCUGUAGAAAGCUGUGCAUAAGAAUGUGAGAGUCAAAAAUUAAUCCCAAUCGCAUUCUGACGUGAGUGUGAAACGCAUUGUACAUACAGAAUGCUUAUUUUUCUUGUUCCAAUACGAAACAUCUUGUAGUUCUGUUCUUGUUAGCUUCCGAGUUUUAUUUGUUUUAGCUUCUAAAUGUACAGUGAUAUAACUUAUUUCAUCCGUGUUUUUCCCGUCUAUAUCCACAGCGUUGUCAAAAAUAAGAGAUAGAAGAACGAAACAAGAAAAUGUAAGCAGUUUGUAUAUUUUGCUGAUUUAGGAACAGAACGGGAACUUCAGUUGACGACGGCGAGCGCAAAUUAAACAAAUGGCUUGACCAAUGGCAGAGCGGCAAAUUGGGCGCCGGAAGUCGUGUUUAGUCCUUUCCGCGCGCUUUCCCGUCGCCAACUGACGUUCCCGUCCUACAACAAAAAGGGCCAGAUUUGACUAAAUGAACACCCCCAAAAAGAUUCAUCUUACUUUGUUUUACCAGAAAUGUUGGCACUGUCAUUUUAGUGUAUUGAAGAAGGUAAAGCCCUCAUCUGGUCGCAAAAUGAUAAAACUCUAAAAUUCGAUAACUUGUUUCCGUCACUACGGCAUUUUCGCCACAGCCUUAAGCAAAAUGACGACAGCUAUCGCGUUUUCCCGCCAAAAUAACGCUGGUUCUCGCAGCAACCAGUAUUAAGAAAUCUCGUUCUCGACGUGGUCCUCGUUUUGGAAUCUAAAAGUUUUCAAUGCGUGGUCCUGUAUAAUUUCGGUAAAAAUGGCGUGGAAAGAAGGGGAUCGCGUUAAGUUCCCUCUCCUCUUCUCUUUCCUUUCUUUUUCUUUUUCUUCUCCCUCUUCUUCUGCUUGUUUUUUCUCGCCUCCUGCCCAAGAAGACUGAACUUAGACAUUUAACACCACAUUUUAGCAGAAUGUUACAGGCGAAGAAAAAGAGGAGGAAACUUCAGAUGUUAGUGAAGAGCUGAGCGAAGAUAGUGAAUUUGAAGACAAAGAAGACAAUGAUCAAAGACCAGCCAGCCGACAGGAGACUGGGGAUAGUAUGGUCAGUAGUUCAUCAGAGGAUAUGGAGACUAUUAGCGUUGCAGUCAAGUCACCAACUCACAGCCAGUUCUUAGCUCCUCAAGGAAUCUUCAGUGCACCUCAGUCAUCUCAAGGACAAAGGACAGCUGGUCCUUUGAUAACAGAAAUUGUUACAGGAGGAGGUAAUUAUUAAUUGCCAUUUAUUUUGAGAUCAAACGGGUAUUCUUUCUCUUAUACCGCCCUCCAGCUUUAGAUGGGUAUCCCCUCCCCGCAACCAGCCUAUCUAAGGGGCUGUUUACGUGGAAGGAGGAAGACCGUACAGUCGAACCUGUAUUAAGCGGCACCGUAUUAAGCGGUCACCCUCUAUUAACUAAAAUAGGAAAUAUAUGGUGCUCGGAUGAUCCGUCUUCUAGGUUCGCCCUCGCUUCAUGUAAACAGCCUCUGGAUGGAAUGUUACCGAAACCUUUUUAAUGGCAUAUAAAGGAAAUACUAAUUUGGACAUUUUUUCCUUAGCGUUGUAUGAAAAUAUGUUUAACGCUUGGCCUUCUAUACGGUUCCUUUGUCAGAUAAAGAAGAGAAGCAAAGUAAAGGCGAAGGGGUGUUGAUUACCGAGCUGGAUGGUAUGUGGAGUCGUAUGUAGCUAAACGAGCCAUGCGGCGUGAAUUACGUAUUUUCUCGCAUAGAUAGAAAAACAACUUGGAAUGUUCCUCUUGUGCUAAAUAGCCUCCGUCACAGCUGACAUGCCGCCAAACUGGAUGUAUAAUACCCCCUAAAGUCAUGUAGAGCGAUUCAGUUGCAGCAGAGCUUCAAAACAAAUUACGUUAUUUCUUUGGCUUCCUGAAUGGUUGAAAUAUGUCGAACCACUUUUUCAACCAAUCAGAAGUAAAACCACAGUAAAUAUUGACUCGCUUUCAUUCGUUUUCCCGCGCUUAGCGUCGGCGGGCUAAAUAAUGUGUAUCUGCUUCGACUUCUGAUUCGUUUAUUUGAACUUCUUCGCCUACUGUGAUUGGCUAGAGUAAUAUGUGGUCGAGUUUGGUUUAAGACACUCGCUUGAAAAUCGACCAGAUGACUUCAGUAUGAUUAUAGGUCCGAGUCGUGUUCAGGUCUGUUUCAGGGUAAAGAUCUUUGCCACCCCGUUGCUCUUAUGAAACCUCCUUUCUCGUCAAGUGUAUUUUUAGCUCCUCCAUCAGUUACUUUCCGGGUGGUCAUCUCGCGUCCUUCACCCAACUCGGGAUCGCGCCUGCAUUGACCUACGCCGUCAGCUGUAAAUGUGGUGGACAGAUCAUCUGAACAAAGGCCACCCAUUUUCAUGCUAGCAAAACUUUUCCAUUUCCGUCUCACGUCUUCGGUCAUCCUAAAUGCUUUGUUUAGUGGGCGAGCUGUUCUUUGUCGAAGCGGCUGUUAACGUUUUAAUUUGACAAUUUUUCCGAACUUGUUGUUAUCCUCGCCCCGGGCCAGUCGUUUCCUUUGGUCAGGUUUCGUUCUCAUGCGAAAACUCGGGAAAAUAGCCGGGUGGCUCUGGGGACGAGAAGGGGAGUUGGCAGACACACGAUGAUUGAAUUCGUAUCUUUUUUUUCUUAUUUUUGUUGCCUUAUUUAGACGACGAUAUUGAAACAAUAACACUGCGCGAGGUACCUACAGAACAUACCACGAAGGGGUUUCUAGAUCUACAAGAGGUUGGUAGACUUAUUAGCUGGAGAAUUUUUCUCUCAUGUUUAUUCUUUUCUCUCUUCCCUGUGUACUUAAAGCAUUAGAUCUAUCCGAGAAUGAGAAAAGGAAUUUGCUGGAGCAUCGAUAGAUUUGAUGCAAAACCCGGCAAUUCAAUUAAAAGACAAGUCAGUCAGUCCAUCCGUGUGUAAUUUUGAGUCAUUCACCAAGAGAACUUUAGUCAAUCCCUGUUAAUACGGAGACCAGAGCCCCGUUUCUCGAAAGGCCCGGUAACUUUGCGGGUCCGAAGGCAUGAAAUUUUUGAAUUAAAACCUGUUGAAUAGUAGCACAGUUCCUAGCUCGCAAACCGGGAAAUUUUGCUUCGUUAAUUGAUAGUGGCAUUGUAUCAUUUUCAAAAUUAUUGAAACUUUGAUUUUAAAUUCAAACACGACAAGCAUGAAACAGUUUUUCGGGCCCGAAAAGUUAUCGGAGCUUUCGAGAAACUGGCCCCAGGAGGCCAUAGAUUAGCGGGGUGUCAGUAUUAAGCGGGUUGAAUUUAGAGAAAAUGUGAGGGCUUUCUUUCCACAGGAACGAAGCAAACUUAACGUAGUAACGAGGUGUCCGUAUUAAGCGGGUGACUGUCCGCAAAAGUGGAGAUUGACUGUAAUCAGUAACUAAUCCCUUUUGAAACUGAAAACACUAAAACCCGCAGCCUCGUUCCCAGUCGUCCUCGGCGACUUCUUAUGUGACGUCACCUGUGGGUUCCAAGCCUCCUUUGGUCACUCGGAUAGCACGAACUGGCCUGGGUACGGACACUAUCUCGUUAUUUUUAAACGACAAAUAUUAGAUACAUAAUAAUUUACAGUUUCAAACUCUUCUGCAAGAAUACAGUUUUACAAUGUGACGACCACUUUUUGUAGGAUUUGCCUGAGCUCGAGGAAGUAGACGUGGAAGACCCUUUGUUCAUUCGCAGCUUAAACUCAUCUCGUGUGGGGGUAAGUGUUUUGCCUUUUUGUACUAGCUUUCGGUCAAGAAGUCAAUUAAGUUGACAAUCAAAUUGUCGGACUUUAUUGCCGUGAUUAACCGCUGAACGACCGGUCACAUUUUUUUCUGGUUUGUCCCUAGUCCCUGGAUCUACCCAGCGAAAGCAGUGUACAUGGUGCUAGGAAGUUCCUCAUGCAAGGAUCUUCCAGCUAGGAAGAUCCUAGUGCUUGGAAUAAGUAUAUGUACAACCCCAUUUUCAAGUAAACUGAAUACAGAAAACAUAUGGCGCUAUAGGAUGAUCCGCCUCUUUAGGAUCUUCCUGGUGCUAGGAUAUUCUUCCCUCCAUGGAAACAACUCCUAACAUUUGACAAAUUGAACGACAUGAUUUAAUAGCGAUUAAUUUUAAAACCGCAUGAAUUAAGCUCCUUAUUGACUUGUGUUUCAACUAUUAGGGAAAACCGCUGAUCGAGGAACUGGAUGAUGAUCCAGAGAAAACAAAAAGACCACUUGUUCAGGAAUGCAGAGUACCUAGCAUCUCUACCAGUGACGAAGCAUUGAUCGCACAUGAACGAAGACCAGUGAUUGAAGAAAUAAACGAAAGGUUUUGUCAGUUUAGUCACGCAGCUGACAAACCUGUCAGGCCUCUUAUUGAAGAACUUGGCAAAGAAGAUCACAUUAAGGAUGAUGAUGCAAAAGCCUCGAUUAUAGAGGUGUCACGUGACUCGUCAGAACAAGAGGGUAUCACUGCUGAACAAGAAGGGCUCGGGAUCAACACCGCUGGUCAAGGAAGCGCUUGUUGGGAAACACUCCAAAAACUGGCAGAACAAGUGGGGUCAACAGUAGACCGAAAACCAAUCGAUAUAGCAAAAGAGAAGAGGGAUUUUGUCAAAAGAAUGCAGCAUACGAAUCUGGGAGACUUGGACUGAAAAAAUAAUGCAUUUGUAACAAUUGUCAUGAAAACUCAGUACAGCUCCACGAUAUAGAAAUCAUCCUUGCGUUCGAGAAGCAGAAAUUUCAUGUCUGUAAAAAACUUUGGUUUCGAUUUCCAGCAGUUUUGCAAUUUCAUUUCACUCUGAAUGGACUGUCAGUGGCGCCCUUGUAUGCUGACGUCCGUUCUUCCUCGUGUAAAGAGGACUCGUCUUGUUAUCCUCUAAUCCACGACAUUACAUUACAUUACAUUACAUUGAUACGGAAGAACGUAGCCUGCGUGGCAGGCGUUAGAAGGGGAAGGGGGAAUUUGGGCGCGCGAGAGCGCGUGGGGCACACGAGGGAAAAAAGAAAGGAACGAAUUGUUAGUUCCCUUCCGCUUCCCUUUUGAACGCCUGCCAUGCAGGCUAGGAAGAACGCGGUUUUCGAACACUUCUUGAAAUCAAGUACACCCGGACUGGCUAUUGAAAUGAUAAUCCGUAAAUCUGUGUUAUUGCAAUGCUCUGUGUCUGUAAAUCGUGCGAUGGAAAUGUUACUCCAAGGUAAAGUAUUUUAAAAAUAGAAAAUGUUAAGUCAUCCAAGAGGAAUAUUCGACUCUCUCGUCGAGUUUCCGCCUUCUCGUCCCUAUAAAUAGUUUGUUCGUGAUGUUUUAGGUUGUUGUGUAUAUAUUUACAUAAGCUUUGACAUGUGCAGAGAAGCAACAAUUUUGAACACCUUUGUUUUAAUAAAAAGUUAUUGUCAGGUGAAUUAUGGCGAAUGGUAAACGAAUGUUACUGUAAUAA